AUGGUUAGCCCUCAUUAUCACGGCGGUGCUGCCUCGGAUGACAAGCCUCGGACCUCCCUAGAGUCGGACUUGGAAUCCGAUGGCCACAGCCCCAAUGGCAGAAGUCGAGCAACGCAGUUUCACUCCAUCAACUUCGACAACGAGACUCAUCCCGCCACCAACAACCGGUCGAUCUACAAUGUGACGCGGUCUCGAAGCCGGGAUACCGUCCGCAGUGCCCGCAGCAUUUCCCAAUCAUCUCCGGAGGCUGGCAUUCCCAUCGAAUUCCGUACCAUCUCCUUUCAGAUAUCCGAAUCCCAGGCUGCAACUCAGGAGGUCCUCAAGGCUCGCGGAGAAAAGGAGAAGAAGCCGGAUCAAGAUUACUUCGAAGGCUUGGACUUUCAUCUCCUGUCCACCGAGACACUAUGCCAACAAUUCAAUGUCGACGCCAACCAAGGGUUGAGCGCCGAUGCAGCACAGACUCGUCUGCAGCGGGACGGCAAGAAUGCCGUCGCCCACCACGGUGAGAACUACUUCAAGAAGGUCUUCUGGUACGUCUUUGGCGGCUUCUGCUCGGUGCUGUGGAUCGGUGUGAUCAUCUUCUUCCUCUGCUGGCGGCCGUUGAGCAAUCCUCCGUCGGUAACCAACCUCGCCAUGGCCAUCCUGGUCAUCAUCGUCAUUGCCUUGCAGGCCUCCUUCUCCGCCUUCCAGGAUUGGUCCACCUCUCGGGUCAUGAACUCCAUCCUGGGGCUCCUGCCCUCCGAUGCGAUGGUCAUGCGGGACGGAAAUCUUGUUCGAGUGCCGGCCGCGGACUUGGUUGCGGGCGAUCUGGUCCACAUCUCCAUUGGCAACAAGGUUCCCGCCGACCUGCGCAUCAUUCGCAGCUCUGGCGAUGUGCGAUUUGACCGGUCCAUCCUCACGGGGGAGUCUGACGAGGUCGAGGGAGCGACCGAUGCCACGGACCAGAACUUCCUCGAGACGCGCAAUAUCGCCCUCAUGGGCACCAGUGUCACCAACGGCAAUGCUGUCGGUGUCGUGGUCCUGACUGGCGGCCGAUCGGUGAUGGGCCGGCUGGCCUCGAUCACCGCCACCGUCAAGGAGAAGCCCACGCUCAUCCAGAAAGAGAUUUCCCGCUUCGUGCGCAUUAUCGUGGUGUUGACUGUCAUUCUGGCGGCUGCGAUUCUCUUCACCUGGGUGGGAUGGCUUCGCGUGGACCAGCCCGGCUUCAUGAACGUCGUAGAAAUGCUGAACGACGUGAUGGGCUGUGUGGUGGCUUUCAUCCCCGAAGGCAUGCCGGUGGGUGUCGCUCUCACCCUGAUGAUUGUGGCCAAACGCAUGAAGGCGAACCACAUCCUACCCAAAGGGUUAGCUACGGUCGAGACCCUGGGCUGCGUCAAUGUCAUAUGCUCCGACAAGACGGGCACUCUCACCCAGAACAAGAUGUUCGUCCAGUCUGUGGGGUUGGUUGACCAGGAGUUUGACAUGGAGGCCCUGGAAAGCGGCCAGGAAAAGUCGAUUCCGAUCCCAACUGCCUUGGAGCCUCUAGUGCAAGGAUCCACCCUGUGCAACGAUGCUUUCUUCGACCAAGAGACCAAAGACUUGCCCAUCAACGAGCGGACGGUGAAUGGAAAUGCCACUGACGCUGCUGUGCUCCGCUGGGUCGCGACGCUGCGGCCGCACGGCAGUGCCGGCCUGCAUGAGUACGAACGCGUCCACCAGAUCCCGUUCAAUUCGAAAAACAAAUGGAUGCUCACGGUACACAAAACUCCCCAGUCCCCUACGCGCUGUCUGGUCUAUGUCAAGGGGGCGCCCGAUGUUCUCGUGCCGCAUUGUACGUCGUACCUGUGCGGAGACGGAUUCCCCAAGCCCAUGGACGCCGCCGCCCGCGAAUCCUUCUCGGCCUUUCAGCAGAAACUCUCGCGUCGCGCCCAGCGCGUGAUCGUGCUGUGUCAGAAGGACUACAUCCCCACGGCGGCAGUCGGCACGAAUGACUUCAACGAAGAGAUCCUGGCCCGCGGAGUGCAAGAUCUCACCAUUGUCGGCAUCUUCGGCAUCGUCGACCCUGCUCGCCCCGAGAUCCCGGCCACGGUUGCCGCCUGUCGCCGCGCCGGCAUCCGCUUCUUCAUGGUCACCGGUGAUUUCGGCUUGACUGCGGCCGCCAUCGCCCGAGACAUUGGCAUUUUCACUGGCACGGCCGAGCCGGACACUGUCUCCGACCUGCAAGCGUGGUCUGCAGACGGUGGUGAGGACGAGGAGGUGGCGUCGUCGUCGUCGGCGAAACACUCGAGACGGAGCCUGCUGGUGGAGGGGACCCAGAUCCCCGCGCUGCACCAGGCCCAAUGGGCCGCGAUCUGCCAGUACGAGGAGGUCGUCUUCGCACGCACCACGCCCGAGCAGAAACUGCGCAUCGUCGAGGAGCUCAAGGCCCGGGACAACGUGGUGGCCGUGACGGGCGACGGAGUCAACGAUGCCCCCGCGCUGCGCGCGGCCGACGUCGGGAUCGCGGUGGUCUCCGGCAGCGACGUGGCCAUCGAGGCGGCGGACCUCGUGCUGAUGGACCGCUUCGACUCGAUCAUCGACGCCAUCCGGCUGGGCCGUCUGGUCUUCCAGAACCUGCAGAAGGUGAUCGCUUACCUGCUCCCGGCGGGCAGCUGGUCGGAGAUCUGGCCGGUGGUCAUGAACGUGUUCUUCGGCGUGCCGCUCCCGCUCAGCUCGUUCCUGAUGAUCAUCGUCUGCGUCUUCACGGAUCUGUUCCUGUCGCUGUCGCUGAUCAUGGAGAAGGAGGAGUUCGACCUGCUCAGCAUCCCGCCCCGCAACCACAAGACCGACCACCUGAUCAACCUGAAGAUCUACGGCCAGGCGUACCUGUUCAUCGGCGUCAUCGAGGCCGUCAGCGCCCACGCCAUGUUCUUCCUGUAUAUGUACAAGCACGCGGGCAUCCCCUUCCACGCCCUCGUCUUCGCCUUCGGGAAGUACGCCGACGGUUUCUACGGCUACACCGAGGCGGAGCUGGCCCACUUCAACGCGGUCGGCCAGAGUGUCUACUUCGUGUCGCUGGUGAUCAUGCAGUGGGGCAACAUCCUCUCCGUGCGCAACAAGCGCCGGUCCAUCCUGCAGGCCGACCCUCUCCGCAAGAAGCAGCGCAACUUGUGGCUGCCCUUGGCGAUCCUGGUGUCGCUGGCCAUCGCCAUCUUCGUGACGGAAGAACCCGGCCUGCAGUCCUUGUUCAACACCGCGUCGAUUCCGCUGGAGUUCUGGUGUAUCCCGCUGGGCCUUGCGGUGGGGGUCUUGAUGAUGGAUGAGAUCAGGAAGGUCGUCGUGAGCAUGUUUCCCCACAGCGUGGUCGCGAAAGUUGCUUGGUGA